ACGUGUAGGGCUUACGUCAUUGUCUGCUGGUGCCCCUGCAUAGAUCUAUUACUCCGAGAAAGCCCUGAAAAAGAGCGAAAACUCGCCGGAAAAUCCCUCAUCUCAUUGCCGGAAAUUCGUUUCCCGCCAAAGAAAUCGCCGGGGAGUUGACCGGGAAAAUAUUGCGCCUGAAUGCCAGAGAAAACUUCGAAAUUUUGCUGCGAUUUUGAAGAUAAGAAGCUCGAAUUUCGAGCUUCGAUGGGAAUCCACAUGUAGAGGAUCCCCUGUUUUUUUUCCGAUCAUUUUCCGGUGGAAAUUGAACCAUAUUCGGGCAAAGUGGUCGGAAAUUUGAGCUGAGGUUGCAGAGAUGAAGCCCGAGGGUUAGAGGUUGUCGGUUACAGUGGAAUUGUUAGGUCGAAAGUCGAGGAAUCAUUGGCCAAUCACAGGCGUCGAUAGCUAAAAUUUCGGCGAAAUUUUUCCCCGAAAGAUCAUCAAUUCAUGAGAUUCGGGCAUCCUUAAAACCAGCCGCACCUUCUUCUUCAACUGAAACGAACUUGUGGGUAAGUUUCAGUGAUUGCAAAAAGAGGUUGCUUUCUGAGACACCUGGUUCUUCAGAGUAUGCUUCUUGGUUGCUUAGAACUUCUUCAAUUCAAGAAAUUUGAGGUUUUUAAUGGCGAAUUUAGUACCAGGAGUCCUUCUCAAGCUCCUGCAACAUAUGAACACAGAUGUGAAGAUAGCAGGAGAACAUAGGUCUGUUUUAUUGCAAGUUAUAGGCAUUGUUCCAGCUUUGGCAGGUGGCGAGCUGUGGCCUAAUCAGGGAUUCUAUCUCAAAGUUUCAGAUUCUUCACAUGCCACCUAUGUCUCAUUGCCUGAUGAACAAGAUGAUUUGAUCCUUAGUGAUAAACUCCAAUUGGGUCAGUUCAUGUAUGUUGAGAGAUUAGAAUCUGCGUCUCCAGUUCCAAUUUUACGAGGGGUGAAACCCGUUGCAGGUAGGCACCCAUGCAUAGGAACCCCUGAAGAUCUUGUUGCUACCCAUUCUCUGUGUUUUCUUAAUCCUUCUGGUUCAGCCACUGGUUUGGGUUCUGAAAAGAACUCUUCCAAGGCAGGUAUGGAAAAUGGGGCUGGUCAGAAGAACAAAGAAAGGCCCAGUUCUCCAGGGAAUAAAAUCACCAUUAACCAAUCGGGUUCAGCAAAGAUCAACCCGAAUUGUGGCAGUGUUAAUAGUAAGGAUGAGCUUGCAAAGGUGAAGUCUUUUGAUAGAUCGCGAUCGCUAUCUUUGAAAGCUGGUGUACGUAAGGACAGAGAAAAUUCCUCUGUUUCGAUUGGAAAUGGAGCUAGAUUAACUUCUAGUAAGAAACCCAAUGGUUUGAACUCUCGGUCGAUUCCGUCAUCACCCACAAGUUGUUUCUCUUUGCCUACUUCUUUUGAGAAGUUUUCGGCUGGGGUCAAGGAGCAGGGAAAAUUGAGGUUGGAUUCAGAGAAGAGGUCUGAGAAGUUCCGGCAGGGAUUGAUCGAAAAGGCGGUUUCAGUUUUGAAGGCGAGCACAGUGGGCAAGCGGGUAUCUACUGGGAAUUCUAGUGGGAGUCUGGUUCCUGCUCUUGAUUUGGGGGGUAAAGUGUUGAGGAGGAGUUGGGAAGGGACACUAGAUCUCAAGAGGGAAAAUAUUGCAGCUAAGAAUAGAGAGAAUAUGGCGGCAAAGACAAUUAAGCGUGACCCAAAUCAUGAUACACGCAGUGCUUCUGUUCCUCGAAAGAAAGCAGUUGGGAAUGACAAACCAACAGCUACAGAGGAGAACAAAGUGCAGGCACCAUUGAAGAAGGGAAAUGUGGAAGCACCUUCAAAUACAAUCAACGUCUCAAAUAGGAAAAAGCCUUCUGUUGGGAGGAAACCAUCUGGUGAUAUAUCAAAUAAUGGCAUCCCAAGCAAUUUAGUCAAUGUUGCCAAUAACAAAAGACUGACAGAUAGUAACAUCUCAUGGGCUUCACUCCCAUCUGGUCUAGCGAAGCUUGGCAAGGAAGUUGUGAGGCAUAGAGACGAAGCACUAGUGGCAGCUGUUGAGGCCUUACAAGAAGCUUCUGCUCAAGAGAGUUUGAUCCGAUGCUUGAGUGUAUAUGCUGAGCUUAACUUAUCAGCCAAAGAGGAAGAUCCACAGCCAUCUGUGGAGCAAUUCUUAGCUCUCCAUGCUGACCUCAAUAGAGCCACCAUGGUUGCGGAGUCCCUUCAAAAGGCCAACUCCCCAAGUUCACCAGGCCUCCAUGAGGCUGAAGUGCCUGUGGGACCAACAGAGGAUGAGCUGAAGCUCUCAGCCGAGAAGCGGAAGCAUGCUAUGUCAUGGGCUCAAGCUGCACUUGCAUCCGACCUCUCUCCUUUCUCUCUCUUCAAGCAACAAAACCCAACCAAAGCCCAUGCCCAUGUCCAAGUCCAAACCCGUGUCCAACCCCUUGUAGUCCUUGAAGACCCCUCCAGAACCCUGUCCCAAGGCACCCGAGCCAAGAGCCGGCCAGUUCUCAUAGGCCCCACUAAAAACCCACCUCAAAAAGGUACCACUGCGCCACCUCCACAGCCGGAGUGGGCCCGUGGACUUGGUGGGCUUGAAGAGGCAGUGGGCCUGGCCAAGUCACUUCGGGCCCAAUCUCAGAGCUGGUUCUUGUGCUUCUUAGAGAGGUUCUUGGAUGCGGGCUCCAUUGGCGGGCCUCUUAAUGGGCGUGAAGCAGACCCAACAGAUAGUACACGGGUAGCCGCUAUGCUAUCACAGCUCAAAAGAGUGAAUGAUUGGCUCGAUGAGGUGGGCUUAGGUGAUGGGCUCACUGACAGACUUGAUGGGCUAAGAAAGAAGAUCUACGAUUAUUUGCUCAUUCAUGUGGAGCUGGCGUCUGUUGCUUUGGGAAAUAACCAAACAGGUACAGAUCGAGCUGUCGAUUCAAAGCCGGCGAGAUAAUUUAUUCUUUUUUAUUUCCUUUUUUUUUUUUUGCUUAAAGGAAAAUUGGGGGUGCUUGAAAGGAGGGUGUGUGGCUUGAGCCUAAUAGUUGAGGUGAUGGCCGGCUUCUUAAUUUACUGUGUACACUAAAGUUAUGAAGAUGUGGCAUGUAUUUAUUGUUAAAGUUCUAACAUGUUAUUUAUCAUUCAAUACUAAGAAUCAAUAGUCCAUAAAUUGAUAUA